CGGGCGCAUUAGUGUCGGCGAGCUUUAAUGAGACUCCAUUGGAUUGUAAUCAGCGUCAUGUCGGAUUCGCCGUAAACUACAACAGUGUAACAAAAUGGCGACUGUUUAGGUGACGCCACUUUGAAGGCUUGUCAUUGCCAGCAGCCCCCUCGACGCGACUCCCAGGUUUAAUAUGGGACUCCAGUAGAAAAAAACUCAAGCCCUCACGCCAGCGGUGGAAUUUUAUCAGUGCCAACAUUUCUCCCCCAGUUGUCUUACAUUCAGGAUUGAUGUGGAAGGCCAUGUGGAACGUACCUUUUUGACUUCCUCGGCAAGGAUGUGGAUGUACCAAGUGUUGGCCAGCAGAAAGCGGGGAUCUGUAUGGAUUAUCGCGUUCUUGUGAGUGUCCCUUUUCAGCCAUGGUCAAACUCGCAAACCCUCUCUACACUGAGUGGAUUCUCGAGGCAAUACAGAAAAUCAAGCGGCAAAAGCAGCGUCCCUCGGAGGAGAGGAUUUGUCAUGCGGUGGCCUCGUCUCACGGACUGGACAGGAAGACUGUCCUGGAGCAGUUGGAUUUAAGCGUUCACGACGGCUCUAUACUUAAGGUUACCAAUAAGGGUAGCACUUCGUACAAGGACCCGGGGAACCUUUCGAGAGCCGGAUCAAUUCCACCACCUCCCGUCGUGUCUGUGCCAUCAAAGGAAUCUAUAUGGAAUUCCAGCGAUCUCCGCCACGUUGAUUGGAAUAAGAUCCUGCGGCGGGCCAUUGAGGGCAUGGAUGAUUCGCACGGCUCCUCGCUUAAGAACAUCGAGAGGUACUUAAGGAACCAGGACGACCUGACGGAAGUCGCAGACAACCCGGCCUUCCGCCAGAGGUUGCGGCUGGCGGCCAAGCGGUCCGUCAACAGCGGCCGAUUGUUCAAGAACGGACCGCGCUAUCAGCUCGGGCAUCCCGGCGCCGAGGGGAGAGUGCCGAGGUGUCCGGGCGCUUUCCCUUUGGUGUUGACAUCAGUAACGCUCCUCCCUCAUGAGCGAGAACAGCUCCGGGUAGACCCCAUCCCAAUAUGCAGUUUCUGUCUCGGCACUAAAGAGUCCAAUCGGGACAAGCUUGCAGAGGAGCUUCUGUCCUGCGCGGACUGCGGGAGCAGCGGGCAUCCGUCAUGUCUGAAGUUCUCUCCCGAGUUGACCUCAAAUGUGAAGCGAUUACGCUGGCAAUGUAUUGAAUGCAAAACCUGCAGCUCCUGUCGAAUACAGGGGAAAAACGCUGACGAGAUGCUCUUCUGCGAUUCAUGCGACCGGGGCUUUCACAUGGAAUGCUGUGACCCGCCGCUUUCAAGAAUGCCAAAAGGAACCUGGGUCUGCCAGGUCUGCCGACCCAAGGAUAACGGAAAGAAACUGCUCCAGAGGAAAGCCGACGAGAUCAAACGUCGAUACGCAAAGCCGAUCGGAAGGCCCAGGAAUAAGUUCAAGCAAAGAAUGUUUCUAAACAGUGGUGAUGGUUCCAUGGUGGCACUAGGCGGAAGGGGGUCACCUGGUAGGGGUCAAAAGAUAACCGUCUGUACCACACCCUCAUCCGCUCAUGCUGCAUCUGUGAAGGACUCCAGAGACCGAUUGGCUGUUACAGACCCUCGUUGUGCUGUCAACGCCACCUUAUUCACCACUUCCACCCCCACCACCACCACCACCACCACCACCACCACCACCACUCCCACCCUCCUCACGCCCUACUCCACCGCAGCUACGCUCCCAGUUAACAAGAAAACCAAAGGGCUCAUUGAUGGCCUUUCCAAAUUCUUCACCCCUUCCCCCGUGGGCCGUCGCUCGCGGGCCGUCGGCGUAGAGUCGCCCGCCAAACAUUUAGACUCUAGGGACGAGGGUCCGCCCGAGCUGACCCCUCCGCCAGAUACCGAUCACAAGAUAGCCCCCUUGUCUGCACUUCCUCCCGCACCAACGUCGCCGGGAUUUAGCCCACCCUCACAGAUGUCCAGCAGCUCCACUUCCGCUAACUCCCCGCAGAGCUCUUCCAGCCAGUCUAGUGUUCCUUCCCUCAGUAGCCUCUGCAAUAGCAGCCAGCUAAAGGGACUAUUUGACGGACUCUCGCACAUUUACACCACUCAGGGACAGUCGCGGAAAAAGACGCUACCGUGCUACGCGCCGCCCAAGCGCGCGCACCGAAAGCGGGACUCCAAAUCGGGACCGCAGCGCCUCGGAAAGAGCGAGUUUAAUAAAAACCGUCUGAGCUCCACCUCUGCCGGGCCGGGCCGACCCAGAGGACACCCCUUUAAGUUGGUCGGCCAUUUCAAACGCAACCCCUUCCUUAAAAAGCACCGGACACUAGGCAGGCUGAGGUAUAAAGUGAGCACCCAGAAGGGAGCCCCCUCCCCGGGAAAGGGCGACUUGACAGACGGAAGAAUUAAGCCAGAGAAUAAUCAUGGCCACAGCGGGGAGUUGCGAGUGAAGCAGGAAGCCGGCUCCAGCUUGGCGGCCAUGUCCAGAGACCAUGUGACGGACGAGGAUAUUGAGACGUUCACGCGUGUCCGGGAAGUCACUGCACAGAGAACUGGAGGUCAAAUGAACACGGACUCCAUGCGAUGUCCAGCCGUCAUUGAGUUCGGGAAGUACGAAAUCCAAACAUGGUAUUCGUCACCUUACCCGCCCGAGUAUUCAAGAUUACAAAGGCUUUAUCUGUGCGAGUUCUGUCUGAAAUACAUGAGAAGCAAAAACAUCCUCCAGAGCCACACAAAGAAGUGCGGCUGGUUCCACCCGCCAGCCAAUGAGAUCUACAGGAAGGACGACCUCUCGGUCUUUGAGGUUGAUGGAAAUGUCAGCAAGCUGUUCUGCCAAAACCUCUGUCUGCUAGCCAAGCUUUUCCUGGAUCACAAGACCUUGUAUUACGACGUGGAGCCUUUCCUCUUCUACAUACUCACAAAGAAUGACGAGAAAGGCUGUCAUCUCGUGGGCUAUUUCUCCAAGGAAAAGCUUUGCCAGCAGAAGUACAAUGUCUCCUGCAUAAUGAUCAUGCCUCAGUACCAAAGGCAAGGAUUUGGACGCUUCCUUAUUGAUUUCAGUUACCUCCUCACCAGGCAAGAAGGACAAGCCGGCUCCCCGGAGAAGCCACUGUCAGAUCUGGGUCGCUUAUCCUACCUGGCAUAUUGGAAAAGUGUCAUCCUGGAGUACCUCUAUAAGCACCCAGAUAAACACGUCAGUGUUAAAGGAAUAAGCAGGGCCACUGGGAUGUGUCCGCACGACAUCGCCGCCACGCUGCAGCACCUCGGCAUGAUUGACAGACAGGACGGACGGGUGGUGCUGAUCAGGAGAGAGCAACUGAUCCAGCGACACAUGGAGAGGCUGAGGGCAAACCCCCGCUGGAACGAGGUGGACCCAGACGCCCUGCGCUGGACGCGCUCCACGUCGCUCAACGCCGUCCUGUCCGAGGAGGAGCGGGAGGCAGAGAUGGAUGCUGAGCGGCUGAAGGAGCAGGCCAGUUGCUGGGAGAAAGAAGAGCGAGAGAGCCACGUGAUGAAUCACAGCCGCAGGCAGUCGCUCACCAAGGUGCACUGUAAGGUGCCCUACAGGACAUACGAGCGACGCCACGCACCAUCAUGGAGCCGACGCAUCCAGCAGCAACAACAGCUGCAGCAGCAGAACGUUAGUGAUGACGAUGAUGACGAAGCGGAGGAUGACUCCGAUGGCUCACCACCCACCCUGACAAAGGCUCAUGUGAUGCUGGCCGCCAAGCAAAAGCGAAGCAUCAUGCUCAAGAAAAGGGGGCGUAAACGAAAGAGAAUUAACAGCAGCGUAACAACGGAGACCAUCUCUGAGACCACCGAGGUGCUGAAUGAGCCUUUCGACAACUCCGAUGACGAGUGUCCUAUGCCGUUGUUGGAGCGCACCUGCAGAGGGGGCAAGAUAGCGGAGGAGGAAGACGGGGCGAGCAAGAUCACGCCUGUGAAACGCAGAAGAGGUCGACCAAGACUCAAGGAAACAGCACAGAGAGGCAAUCUACAACACUGGAAUGAAGGCACCGAUGUCCUCUCCAAGACGCCCAGCAGACCUCGUCCGGUGAAGCGAAAGAAAGGUUGGCCCAAAGGAGUCAAGCGAGGCCCACCCAAGUGGCGGCUCAAGAAUGAACGGAAAAUGGGCUUCAAGCUGAACCUUUACACGCCGCCUGAAACGCCCAUGGAAGCGGAGCAGCAUCAUAUUCAGGCCGAAGAAGCGCUCCCCGACGGCACCAGGGCGGCCAGACGCUCGGUCCGCCCGCAGUUCACGUCACGCAGCGUCCACUCGGAACCCCCCAGCCCCGCUGAUCAUCACUCGCUGAAGUCCAGCUCCCCCGAGGGCUCGCAGGCGGCUUCUCCGGCGUGCUCGCCCGCCGCGGCCUCUCCUGUGGCCAUGUCACCCAGACACAAAGACGAAGGUGCGUCGCCAGAGCAUCGAGAAGAUGACCGUCAAAGUGAGCACGAGCUGGACUCCCCAACCAAAGAUCACAGCGCAGAAGUCGCAUCGCCGGUUAAUCACAGUGAGGAGCAGAGGACUCAAGAUCAGGACGAAGAUGACGACAAGACAGAGCCUGAGUGCUGCCAAAUAGAGGCGGCGCAGACCUCAAAAGAAACGCCCGAAUGCGCGCAAAGUUUUUUAGAUCCGGAAGAAGACUUUGACAGUGCGUCGGUUCAGCAGCUUUUGAAAGUUCCGGCCAGUGAAGAAGAAUCAACUGUCGCUGCAGACCGCAUUCAGUAUGAAUGUGCUGAAAUGAAAGCAGCGUUGUCGCCUCCUGCAGCUGAAGCGCUUUCUUCGGUAGCAGCUGUGGACUCCGAUAACCCUGUUGAGUCUGAGUCAGAAGAAGAGAGCGCGCCCACUCCGGGUCACGUGCCUCCUCCGCCUGCUGAGAGGCUAUCACUCAGUUCCGUGCUCAGGGACGACCCCCCGAUCUGUGCAGAGAUCGACUCCGAGACCGCCCAGGCAGUUCAGUCCCUGACGCAGGAGAGUGAGCGCGACACCGUGUUUCAGGAGUGUGUGGAGAGCCAGGAAGCCUGCAGGAACUUGCACACCUACGCCCCGGUCACCCCGAUGGAAGACUGCCCCCACUCGGAACACAACAGCCCGCUUUCGUCGGCACACUCCCAUCCCAGCCAGUCGGUGCGCUCCGUCAACAGCCCGGCCGUGUCCAUCUUGGAGACGGGCUACACGCAAAUCAGCCCCGACCACAGUGCCAUCUCCGUGCCCUCCAUCCACAACAUGGAGACCAGCCCCAUGAUGGACGUGCCGUCAGUGUCGGAUCACUCGCAGCAGGUAGUAGACAGCGGCUUCAGCGAUCUGGGCAGCAUCGAGAGCACCACCGAGAACUACGAGAAUCCCAGCAGCUACGACUCCACCAUGGGAGGCAGCAUCUGCGGGGCCGGCCCCUCGCAGGGAGGCUGCCCCUACGGGGGCAUGCCGCCCAGCAGCUUGGCCCAGAGCAGCUGCGCCGUCAGCCAGCAAAUGGCAGGCGUCAACCCCGGCAGCUGUGGGAUGAUUCAGCAAAACAGCCUGAGCUCUCCGCCGCACUGCAACGUCAAGUCCCCGCAGGGCUGCCUGGUGGUGGUGGAGAGGCCCCCCAGCACCAGUCAGCACAGCCAGCGGGGCACGCACAGCCAACACAGCUCCCUCAGCAGGCACGGCCCUCACAAUCAGCACGGCCAACACAAUCAGCACGGCCCUCACAAUCAGCUAAGCCAGCACAGUCAACUCAAUCCCCACAGCCAACACGGCCACCACCACCACCACCACCACCACAAUCACCACCUGCAGCACAAUCAGCUCAGCCAGCACAAUCAACACGCGCCGCAUAACCUUCACAAUCAGCACGCCGCGCAGGACGCCGUGCCUCAGUGUGCCGUCCCCGCCAACUUCGCCACCACCAUGCAACUGGCCGACAUACCCGAAUCCGGCAACCCCAACUUCGCCCUCUAUGAGAGGAUCAACCACCAGGGGGAGUACGGUGGCGGGCACUACUCCCAGUCGUCAGGCCUCAGUCUUGCCAAGCUGCAGCAGUUCACCAACACGUUCAUCGAGCACCCCCACUCGCUCCCCUUCAACCACUCGACGGCGCACCCCAUCACGUCUUACGCCAACACCCCCUCGCUGUCAUCGCAGCACUCCAGCCUGGUGUCUUUGUCCCAGACCUCGCAUCGAGUCCCCACCCCCCAGGUGCAGGCCACCAUGACCCCGCCCCCCAACCUCAGCUCCCCGCCGGCGGCCAUGAUGCUUCAGCGCAACAUGGGCAUCACGCCCGCUCAACGCAUCCAGUCCCAAAUGGCGCCUAAAAGUCACGUCAUGUCGGCGCGCUCCAAGUCGGCCCCGCUGUCGCACCACCACCAACACCACCACCACCACCAGCAGCAGCAGAUGUACGCCCGGCCGGCGCAGACUGUCGCCAUGCAGGCGCCGGCCAGGACGCUGGCCGGCAUGCCGCGCAUGAACAUGAGCGUCAACAUCAUGCCGGCGCCGGCCUACAACUCCAUGAACAUGUCGUCGCUCAACGCCAUGAACAGCUACGGCAUGAGCCAGCCCAUGCUGAACAGCAGCUACCAUGGCAACCAUGCCUACAUGAACCAGUCGCCCCAGUACUCUAUGCAGAUGGGCAUGAUGGGAACGCAGCCAUACCCCCAGCAGCCCAUGCAGGCUCCGCCACAUGGCAACAUGGUGUACACUCCAGCUGGUCACCAUGGUUACGUGAACACGGGCAUAUCCAAGCAAUCUCUGAAGGGGCCUUUCAUCAGGCGGUAACCCUGAUGCGCUGAUCUGGCCUUUUUAUCCCCUUUGUGUGUGCGCUCCCGUUUCCUUUCAUUUGUCGGUCCCUCAAGGGACGAAACCAGCAGCAGCACUUGGAAAGAAUGCAAACAUUUUCAUGAACUCUGAAGCUAAUGUUUUCAAAUGAAUUUAAAGAGAAGUAUUUUUGGUCCUCUUAAGAUGGGAAGCCUUACAUCGCGGUGAUGUUGAUGAUGAAAAUCUAUUUAAGGAGGCAGGUUUCAGAGGCUCCGAGGUCGGCGUCAUCAGUGCUCUUGCGGUCGUGUAGCAGCCUCCACUCAAGCCAUUUAAUGUGCCUGCUGCAAGUGGAACCUGUUCAGUGUACCUGUCUAACAGUGCUGACGAUUCGUUUGUACUAUAUUCAUGCCUUUGUAUAUUUAAAUUAUUGUACGUAUUUUGUAAAGUGGCAACUCUAGCAUGCUUGGGUCUGCGUUAGUGACAGUGCAUUGAGUAGUACUGUACAAGUGUCGUGCUUAAAUAGCCAAGCCAUUUUAAAGAUAUCGGGCCUUUUAUUAGGUUUCCCUCCGCAAAGGGAUAAAGAUGAAACUAUAUUUUGUUAAUUCUAAUAAUGUACAAAAAAAACCAACAUAUGUAAACUUUAGUCUGGUUUUCUGUUGCGCUUUGAGAGAUUUUAUUGCUAUAUGUAUGUAUAAUUCUGAAGUCUUUUUGUAACAGAUCUCCUUCAGGCAGCUUUCUGUUAAAUAAAGCAGACUGAUUUCUGUCCAAAUAUUCAA